CCCAUUCUCCCUCCAUUCCAAACCUUCCAAAAUUCAAACAAAACAUUCCAUCUUCCGAACAUUCUGGAGGCCAGUUCCUGCGACAGUUCCGAAAUGGAUAACGCUCCAAACGACGACGCUUCGUCUUCUGCUAAGUUCAGGGGAGUGAGGAAGAGGGAGUGGGGGAAAUGGGUGUCGGAGAUUCGGCUUCCCAAUAGCCGGCGCCGGAUUUGGCUCGGCUCCUUCGACUCGCCGGUGAAGGCGGCGCGGGCGUUCGACGCCGCCCUUUUCUGCCUGCGAGGCAGGAAUGCGAACUUCAACUUCCCCGACAACCCUCCCGACAUCCCCGGCGGCAGAUCAAUGUCGGACGACGAAAUUAAGGUUGCGGCGACCCAUUACGCCAACGGGGAGACCCAUCAGGAUACCGGGUCGGGUCCUAGCCGUGGGAAUGUUUCGGAUCAUUCGACUUCGCUUUCGCCUACUCAGUCCGUGCAUGCUGACUCACCUCUUCAGUUGGGUCCCGGUGGGCCCUCCCAAUAUGUGGAAGCUGAAAUGUCACAAAUGACCUUUGACGACGGAUUUCUCCAGCAGUUCUCUUCGUUCUCGUGGGACGCUCCGAUUAAUAACGACUUUACGGAUUACGGGUAUUUUCCUAGAUUGGAUGAUUUCGGUUAUAAUGACUAUUAUGUCCCGGUGACUUUACCCGAAACCAAUUACUACAUCGAAGACCAAUAUGAUGGAUUUGCGUCACAAGGAUCAUCUCUCUGGGAUUAAUUCUCAAGCAACCAAUCGCAUCUUAGAGAAAAUGGGUAAAACCGUAAAACCAUUGCGAAUCGGAAUUUUUUGCCACUAGAGUUGAUGGCAUUUUGAUUUGUCGCCUCUCCGGUUUUUUUGUAAAUCCAAGAAACAUUGUUCUAAAUAUAGGACAAAAUGUGGAGUAUUCCAUAAAUGGAAUUAUUAUACGUUUUAUUUUCUUUCAAAUAAAUCCCAUAAUACAAUUAAUUAAUCAAUAUAAUUUCUUUUGGGGUUUUUGACUUGUUGAAGAGAUGAGUAAUGGAAGUUUCUAUCUAGCCGCCACGAUGAACCUAGCGAAAGAACCAAAGGCCCGCUGGAUCCUAAUCAAGGUCACCGGCAUCAUCGACGCAUGCAGCAGGACCGUGGAUUUCGCUGGCAUCGCUUGAGGCAUAGCAACAGUCAACGGAACUAGUUCGCAUGUUGCCCCAAUUCGUGAGCAAUUGAAGACUCACAUGGUUCAACGCUAUUGAAACAGAUGAUAAUCUCAGUCUGGUUCCUUCCCGGUAUAUCCGGCGUUUUUGUUCCCCUCAGUUGUAGGGUGUUUUUUUCCUUGCUAGCUUUGGCCAGUCGGGUGUGGUGAUUGCUUGUGUAAUCGGGGCAAUCCGACAAUGGCGGUGAGUCCAAAGGCAGCGGCAGUCUCACACUAUUCCGGCGACAACAGCCCGACUACUAUACGGUCCAAUGGCGCUAGUAGGUUGUAGCCAACCAAACUCCAAUGAUGAAUGUAUUUUUGUUCAAUCACAAAUAAAAGGUCUUAUUUAUGUAAUUUUAAACAUUCACUCCUAUACUUGGAAUUUUACUCCAUUUAUCUCUUGUAAUUUUGUAAUCUUUAUUUUUUUAUGGUAUUAACAAAUUUUCCACUUACUUUAUUAAUCAAUUGAUUUGUAGUAGUUACUUUU